UCCCCAAAAGCAGCCAAAAGCAGCAUCCAAACAAAACGGAGGCGUGCAAUCGUGCGGCCCUUGUCAAUCUAUGGUUCGUAAUCAGUGGGGCUGUUAUGAUCGUCUUCGGCCUGUGCGCGUCGCCGCAUCAUUUGCCCAUGCGAGUUUCCUGGAGUGAAGCAGCGGCGGCACGAUGAUUCUCUCGUUGCUCAAGCUGCCGCUCACCCUGUUGAACAGCGUCAGGCAGCUCGUCUCGCAAACGUUUUUCGUGGCCGUGUUGUUCUCGGUGAUAACGUGGACUUCGAUACUCAUGUACGGUGUCUUCUACUGGAACUACAUUCCCAAAUCGUCGCACGCCUUUCCGGUGCACCUGCACUACGAGUCGAGAGCAUGUCCCGCGGGUUUUUGCGACUUCCUGAUGGCAAACGUGACCAUCGUGAGGCCGGGGCAAGACGAAUACCUGGCCAGGGGUCAGCGUUACAAGAUCUACCUUGAUCUUGAGAUGCCAGAAUCCGAGGCUAAUCAAAGGAUUGGUAUGUUCACAGUCGGACUUGACAUGAUCAGUGAAGACGGUGAAGUGUUGAAGUCUACGUACGGAUCGGGUGUUCUGCGGUACAAGUCGAUGCUUGUCAAACUUUUGGGAACGUUGGCUUGCAUUCCACUGCUCCUCUUCGGUUCGGCGGAGGAGAAACAGACAGUAUCGCUCCUGCUGUUUGACAAAUAUGUGGAACACUACGCAAAACCAGCCACGCAAGCAGGCCUGGUGAUACGAAAUAGCCACAUCGAGGUCUACUCGGCAACACUGAAAGUAUACGCAGAUUUCACUGGAUUAAGGUACAUCCUCUACAACUGGCCACUCAUAUCGGCCGUCGUGGGCAUAUCGACCAACUUCUUUUUCGUGAGCCUGGUGGCGCUGCUGUCCUGGAACCACCUGACUCCAGCCAAAUCAAAGCCACGCCGCUCCUCGGCCGACAAGAAGAAGCCCCCCAGCAGCGAGAAGGCCCAGCUCGAAGAUGCCGAGGAGACUGAAGACGAUACUUCCAGUGAUGUCAGCAGCCAGCCUGAUCUUGUCAAGGAAACGAGGGAUGCCAAGAUCAGGAAAAGGAAAGAGCUUGACGAGAAGACUGGGAAAACGCUGAGGCAACUCUUUGGAGCUACAACGCACAAAAGCAGCGCUAGCCUUUCCUCACUGGGUGGCGACCAGGAGGCAAGCAGCAGCAGCACCAUGCAGCAGACGACAUGAGACGACGCGAGUCAACAAACAUCGAUGUGAGCCCAAGAAAGUUUCACGGGGUGCUUGUAUAGAUUGCCCAGGGUUUGUACGUCAGCUGUGAUAGUUCCUGGUCAGCUGUACUGUCACUAUGCAGGUACUGUUUCUUAUGUUAUUUGUGAUAGCAUUGGCACAUUCUGUGCUGUACCGUGGAACAGGCGUGCCUUUUGUUAGCUAUGUAUAAUUGUACCUUCGUGGGCAGAUUUAACAGACCUCCGUCUGGUUUUGAUUUCAAUUAUUGCAUCACCUAGCAAAAAAAUGUUCUUUCUAGUUGCAGGACGUCCUUCAGGCGUAUAGUACUACGCCUUAAACUAGAAUGAACUGGAUGACGAAGCGCAAAGCAGUGGACCAAUGGAAGGCAGAACGGGUGAGACAAGCGCCACUAACAGCUGUGAGUGAACAGCUCAGCUGGUUCAUAAUUCACAUCUAUUUAAUUUCAUGCCUUCUGUAACAGUUGUGGGCUGUUGACGGUGGACACAUGCUGCCCGAUUACAACUGUGAGUGAACAGCUCAGCUGGUUCAUCAUUCACAUCUAUUCAAUUUCAUGCCGUCUGUAACAGUUGUGCGCUGUUAACGGUGGACACAUGCUGCCCGAUUGUCAGUUUACAUAACAAGAUUUUGCAUGCAUUGUAUGCAAUCUUUGUAUGCAAUCUUUGUUAGCUUCCUCCUUUGUUGUCGGUUUCAGAGAGUCUUGGGGGGGAAAUUUCUAAUAAACAUUCGCAGUCGUUAGUAGCGUUCGUUCCGUUCGCCUCACCUUCCUUUGGUCCCUUACUUUGCACUUCAGCAUUGUCAAAUAUGCUUGACCAACUAGUCCAAAAGAAUACUCUUCUAAAUAAACGCUAACUGUUCCAUCAAGUGAUGCCCCAUCACGGUUUGAAAAGUACCAGCGUGUCUGCUACUUUUGCUCACUGACAGUACAUUGUGAAAUCAUUCUCUGUGCAAACUCUUCUGCUAUAACGUAUGAGAUUUGGUAGAACAAUUUUUCAGAGCACCUCAAAGUCCUGCGGCACCUUGUGCCUGACAUAUAUGCAAGUAACUGGUCAUUCCUUUUUGUGGACAUAGUCUUCCACUAUAUUUUUUAUUUGUUUUAUUUUUAGCUCAAGUUGUGUAUCAUUCUUCUGCGUUCCUUCUGUUAGCAAAACCUACGAGAAAUUUUAAGCUUUGUUACAAUUUCUAUGUUACUACAUUUACGUGCGAGUUCAGGAAUGCUUGUCAAUAUAAAUAUAUACAAUGCAUGAUCACAGGGUGUCACAAAGUUAUAUUCUCUGGGACAUUCACCCCAGUAUUUCUCCACUCAGUGCAGUGCCUCAACUCCAGGAAAAUAGUGUCAGCAUUACGACACAAUUGAAGCAGUCACCACACCCUUCUAAUUACUCCAACAACAUAUUUUUCACUAUCAACCACUUUUGAUUAAAGUUCUUUAAAUUAAAGGCUGGGGUUUUGAGGCAUGCUGUGUAGUGGGGGACUCCCGAUUAAUUUUGACCACCUGAGGUUCUUCAACAGUCUUUAAUGGUUUAACGUCUUUUAAAUCUAAGUACACGAGUGUUUUUGCAUUUCACACCCAUCGAAAUGUGGUUGCUGCAGUCAGAAUCGAACCCUCAAACUGCCACAAUGCCACCACUUUCGGUCUCCAUGUUAGAAGGCGUUGAAGUAGAGCCACGUUUGUCAAGCAGCUGUGUGUUGCAGUUGUCGCCUAGGAACAUAAUUGCUCAGUAAUGUGCACUUCAUUCAGGGGACCAGUGCUUCUUUCUUUUUUUUUUUUUUUCAGGCAGUGUUUAGAGUGAAGAAAUGUACAAAGGCACACUAAUGACAAACUCUGAGCUAGUCUAAAUUGUUCAGUUGCCCUUCGGAAAACAUGACAUUUGUUUUAUGCCAAGAGACGAUGACUUAGUUGCGCAGAAAAUUACGACUGAAGGGGCUGCACAUUUCUCCAAUUCAGAGUAGCCCGUAAUGAAUGAAGGCUCCUACAGUCUUUUGCAUAGCUGUGCUGGAGGUCUUGGAGGCCGUGUAGUUUUGGCUACAUCAAUUUGCAGCUCUAUAUUGACAGGGCGACACCACUGCUGGCACUAGAGCAUUAAUCUAAAACACUAAAUUCAUUUCAUAGCUGCCUUUAAUUCCCCUUUAAGAACAUGAAGAUCAGGUUCAUGCGCACCACUGUUUCAUGUGUUGAUGAAUUGAUUCUACGGGAGGCUGCUCUACUGAGCAUCACAGCAGUUGCAUUCAGUUUCCAGGUAUGCCGUGAUGGUGAUGGCCCGCUAAAUGCUACGGUGCUCUACUUUAGGAAGACAAGCUGUAUUGAAGGUGAUGUUGAGGUGCUAAGUUCUAUAACCUGCUGUAAACAAGCUCAUUCUUGCAAUUUUUGCAAGUGAUGAACAAUUUGGUCCCACAAUACAUUUUAGACUUCCGUCAUAAUGCAGACAAGACCCCUCUAUUUUGCAAAACUCGGUACCCACAGAUUACAGUUUGCUCCCAUUAAUUCGACCAUGCGUAAUUAAAAUGCACUGGAAAGUUCCAGCCAGCAACGAUGCAUUGCUCUCCCACAGACUAAUACCGGCACCUUCUUACAUGCGUAGCGGUUACUAAAACCUUGAAUACACAAAAAAUUCAGCAGACACCACUACACCUCUUGUCUCCUUUUAAGAUUUUGUCAGUGUGAACAACAGUGUUGAGGUCUGUGGGCCACUCACCAACGACACUGUCAGCCAACGUUGAUGCAUUGUUUAAACAUGUUGGCGCUCUUCGCCGCAUGCUGGUUGAGUCGCACUUCAAGAGAAAGAAGCAAAAAGACAUUACAGACUACUUGAAGCAGUAAAAGUAGAUUUGAAUCCAUUCAUUUUGCCACUGUUUGUUAAGUGGAAUUAUUCGAACAAAUCUUGCAGUUUUGCAAGGGUUGAAUUAACGGGUGUAGUCUGUUUUGAAACUUGUAUUUGGGUCAGAAGCAUGGGAGGUUGCAAGUAAAAGGCUGUUUACAGUACUUUGUGUACUACUACUCUCUCACAGGAGUGUCUGCACUAGUGUGCCAAUUUUAUUAAAAAAAACAUAUGUAUAGUUUUUAACAAUUUUUAGUACAUAUAUGCAAGUGUAUAUUUUUGUUAUGAUUGCAAAUUAUAUUAGAGUUUAUUCAUGACUGUAUAGCAGUAUUAUAGCUAUAAGUGUACUCUGUGUUAGCUCAAGAUCAACAAUAUCGCCAAAGGUUAUGCAGAAAGUCCUGCCUUCUGUGGUAUUUAGUUCAAUUAAAUUUGAUACUAGAGAUGUAAUUUGUGUGUUGUAAUGCUUGUCUACAAUGUGCAUAUGUCAACUGUCACAUCUUUCUUUGGUGUCAGUGGUGCCUCUUUUUUUUUAUUGGGGGGGGGGGAGCAAGUUCCGUCACUACCAUUUGAAAGGUGCCAUCGGUGUCAAAAGAUUACAAACUGUGGGAUCGGAAAGAAAUGUAGAAUUUCUUUGCAGUUUGCGACCAUGGCCAGUAAAAUUGUACGAUGCGAAGUUUCAAAUGAACUGCCUCUUGGCCUAUAGUUGGUAUUUGCUGAAAGACUGCCAUCGUCAGUGUGUCUUUCUUUUUGCAUGUGUCCUAUACUAUACUGACAGAGGCUGCAAAUUGAAUAACAGGCUUUGGAAAUAUAUUCACCUUUCUCUUACAUCACACAGUCUGGUAACUUUUGACACCUACUGUACUCUGUCGGCAGUGUGCAAUAAUGCACACAGUGACCAUCAUUCCAUUUCUUGUUUGUGGUCAACACCUGAUGCAAUUUUUUUUCAUACUUUCAGUACUGACAGAUGAAUACUUGACAACAAUGGGAUCAUGCAAUUAGAACUGUGCUCCUUCAUUGCAACUAAACAUAGUAUGUGUUUGCGUUUAAUUCAAACACAGGUGCUCAUAAAACUUCUCGAGGCAUGCCAGCUGUGAAAAAGUUAUAAUUGGCUUAAAGCCUAAUGUGCAUCCACACUUGUCACUGCACUGUCAACUCAAUAAUGCCUGUAUAGUUGUUUUUUUUUCCCCACAGCACGUCCAUACUACUAGAGCCCUAUGGGUACAUGUGCAUGUUAGCGUCGAUUCUUGGAUGAGCCCUGUCAACUUUUAAUAAAAAGAAAAAUUUAAGGUUGACUCCAGUGUCUUCUAUAAGUGUCAUCAAGUAACAGCAAUUAAGCUGUUACUUGAUGCCUGCAGGAAAUGCUUGAUUUGCUCGACGUAGAAUGAACAGUAUGGUGGUUUUGCAAGAAGAUGAAGUAUGCGUCUCCUGUUUGCAUCGUAUAACACAGUAUGGCGUGUUUCAUGGCUUGUUACCAGGCCGAACAAAAUGAUACGCAAUUAGUAAGUUGUUUCACAUGAUAUUCAGGCCCAAGUGCCCAAGAAACAUGGGCAUCCUUUCAUAGUUUGGACAUGCAUCAUAGCAUGUAGACUAAUUUGUAAUUAAAAUCUUGUUCAAUGUUCCUGUG